GUAGCCAGAGCAUCUGUGGCGGAGCUUCAUGGUGAUGCUGGUGCUUCUGCGGAAAACAUCGAAAUAGCAAAGCGGCGUUCGAUCUUUUCCAUGGCUCGUUCAACUCACGCCGCCCAGGCGAAGGUCUGAUGCCCGGUGAGAAGGUUCUGUCUCGGGGGAGCAACGUGCGCACUGAGAGCCACGCAGCGGAGCUCCACACGGCCAUGUGAGAGAGGACAAUGGGAGGACAAGAUGCAAAAGACGUUUCAAUCCGGAGGACUGAUGGACACCGAGGGAGUCUUACAAACGUCAGUUCAUUUGAUCCAACUCUGAUAAGGUCAACAACUGUGACAUGGAACACAUCUCUGGCACUACGGUGUCCCAUUUGAAAAGCUGAAAGAGGAAAUGAGGGGCACAUUCUUCUGAUCACAUUGCUGAUCACAAAAGAGUAGGCGUGCUCAAUCUGUGCAAACAACGCAACACUAGCUGAGUCCAAUGACUGCUCUGGAUAGCGUGACCACGAACACAUCUCUCCCGCAUCCAAGUCCUGACCAUCAACACACAUAUGUGGCACGAGUCAGUCGCGAGUUCUCAGGGGGAAAAGGUGCUUACUCAACAGAAGAGAAACGAGCAGAUGAUGUAUACCUAAGAGUUCCCUCAGCGUUUGUUCUACUCCUCUAGGACGACAAGCUAGGUUCUAUUUUUUUUUUCAAAGAAGGCAGGAAGCAGAAGCCCUGAGUUGUCAUCAUGCCUCGGAACCGGGCCUUUUCUGAGCCAGAGUACUCAGCAGAGUACUCGGCGGACUGCUCUGUCACUCUGCCCUCUGACCCAGGGCAGGCGGUCGGGCGAGCGCACGAGGUCACGGUCCGGAGCUCAGGAUGCUGCCUCUGCCUGCCGCGGUUCAUGCGUCUCACUUUCGCACCAGAGUCUCUGGAAAACCUGUACCAGACCUACUUCCGACGGCAGAGACACGAGACCCUGCUGGUGCUAGUGGUGUUCGCUGCCCUCUUUGACAGUUACAUCAUCAUCAUGUGUGCGGUGGUCUACACCACUGACAAGCUGGCUUCUGUUUUAGUGGCAUCGGUCGGCCUGGCGGCUGACGUUGUCCUCUACCUGCUGUGCCGCUUCGGGCUGCUGCCGGACCGCAUCUCGAGACGGGUGGUGCCAUACGCUCUGUGGGUGCUCAUAGCAGCGCAGAUAUUCUGCUACCUGGGUCUGAACUAUGCUCGCUUCCACCAGGCCAGUGACACUGUGGGCUGGCAGGCUUUCUUCAGCUUUUCCUUCUUCCUGACCCUGCCUUUGAGGCUGACGCCCAUAGUGCUGAUCACUACUGUAUCCUGCGGGGUCCACACACUGGUUCUGGGAGUCACUAUCGCCCAGCAGCAGCAGGAGCAGAUCCAGGGAACAACACUUAGCAGACAGCUGCUGGCCAACGUAGUAAUCUAUAUGUGUGCCAUCACCGUGGGCGUCAUGUCAUACUACAUGGCUGACCGGAAACAUCGAAAGGCCUUUCUAGAAGCAAGACAAUCCCUGGAGGUCAAACUCAACCUGGAGGAGCAGAGCCAGCAACAGGAACGCUUGCUCCUAUCCAUUCUUCCAAAACACAUAGCUGAUGAGAUGCUUCAGGACAUGAAGAAGGAACCGAGUCAGAAAGAGAUGCAGCAGUUCAACACAAUGUACAUGUACAGACACGAAAAUGUCAGUAUUUUGUUUGCAGAUAUUGUGGGCUUCACACAGCUGUCCUCAUCCUGCAGCGCUCAGGAGCUGGUCAAACUGCUCAAUGAGCUCUUUGCUCGCUUUGACAAACUGGCCGCAAAAUAUCACCAGCUGAGGAUCAAGAUCCUGGGCGACUGCUACUACUGUAUCUGUGGGCUGCCAGACUACAGGGAGGACCACGCUGCAUGCUCCAUCAUGAUGGGCCUGGCCAUGGUGGAGGCCAUCUCGUAUGUCAGAGAGAAAACACAGACCGACGUGGACAUGCGUGUUGGACUGCACAGCGGUACAGUCCUCGGGGGGGUACUUGGUCAGAAACGUUGGCAGUACGACGUCUGGUCCACAGAUGUCACUGUGGCCAACAAGAUGGAGGCGGGAGGGAUACCCGGUCGUGUCCACAUCUCACAGAGCACCUUGGAAUGUCUUCAUGGAGAGUUUGAUGUUGAGCCAGGGAAUGGAGGUGAGCGCUGUGACUACCUGAGGGAGAGGGGCAUCGAGACUUUCCUAGUGGUUGUUCCUAAAGGACCUGUGGGGAAGAGUGGCAUCAAUGGUGUAAAGCUGUCCGUUACCUCUUCCAACGGAAACUCCCCCCUGUUGAUCAACACCACAGAGUGUAACGGCAGUGUAAACACAGCGUGCACCUCCCCGGAGGAACCAGAAGACCUUGAUACGAGGGUGGUAAAUCCAUCUUUCCCUAACCCUCGGAGAAGGCUUCGGCUGCGGGACCUGGCUGAAAGGGUCAUCGAUGCCCAGGAGAACGAACAGGAGCUCAACAAACUGCUCAACGAGGCUCUGCUGGAAAGAGAGACGGUCCAAGCUCUGAAGGGGAAACACACCAACAAACUCUCCCUGAGGUUUGCGGAUCCAGAGCUGGAGACUCGAUACUCUGUGGAGAAGGAGAAACAGAGCGGAGCUGCCUUCUGCUGCUCCUGUGUGGUCCUGCUCUUCACUGCAGCUAUGGAGGCCCUCAUAGACCCCUGGCUGAUUGCAAACUACAUCACAUUUGCAGUGGGAGAAGUCGUUCUGCUUAUCCUGACAAUCUGUUCUCUCGCGGCCAUCUUCCCUAGAGAAUUGUGUAUGUGGAAGGUCUUUCCCAAGAAGCUAGUGUCUUUCUCCACCUGGAUCGACCACACCCGCUGGGCUCGUAACACCUGGGCUAUGGCAGCCAUCUUCAUACUCACCGUGGCCGACAUCACGGACAUGCUGAGUUGUCUGCCUCAAGUCCCAGAUUCAGACAGCCCCACAGUUGCCCCAUCCGCUUCCUCCUCAUUUUCUUCCUCCUGGUCUGGCUCUGAUGGUUGUCUGGACAACCCCAAAUAUUAUAGCUACGUGGCUGUGCUGGCACUGAUGGCCACAACCAUGCUGGUUCAGGUCAGUCACAUGGUCAAGCUCACGCUGAUGCUGCUCAUCACAGUGGCCACCGGCAUUGUUAACAUCUACAGCUGGAGGGACAUCUUCGACAGCUAUGACAUGGCCCGUUUUCAGGACUACAGGUCAUACCUGGUGCCCUCCAAGUUCACAAUGACAAUUAUGAUCUUCAUUAUGAUGGUCAGCUUCUAUUAUUUCUCUCGUCAUGUGGAGAAGCUCGCCCGCACCUUGUUCCUGUGGAAGAUCGAGGUCCAUGAGCAGAAGGAGAAAGUGUACGAGAUGAGACGGUGGAACGAAGCACUGGUGACCAACAUGCUGCCUGAACAUGUGGCUCGACACUUCCUGGGCUCCAAAAAGAGGGAUGAGGAGUUGUACAGCCAGUCCUACGAUGAGAUUGGAGUCAUGUUUGCCUCGAUUCCCAAUUUCUCUGACUUCUACACAGAGGAGAGCAUCAAUAAUGGAGGAAUCGAGUGCUUACGAUUCCUCAAUGAGAUCAUCUCUGACUUUGACAGUCUGCUGGAUGAGCCUCAGUUCCGCUGCAUAACAAAAAUCAAGACCAUCGGCAGCACCUACAUGGCAGCAUCAGGUGUCACCUCAGAUGUCAGCAACGGAUACACAUGCAUGAAGAAUGAGGAGCAGUCUGAUCGAGAGCGCUGGCAGCACCUGGCAGACCUGGCCGACUUUGCUUUGGCCAUGAAGGUCACACUCAUGAACAUCAACUAUCAGUCCUUCAAUAACUUCAUGCUACGAAUCGGUCUGAAUAAGGGUGGAGUGUUAGCAGGAGUGAUCGGUGCCCGAAAACCCCAUUACGAUAUUUGGGGCAACACUGUGAAUGUGGCCAGUCGCAUGGAGUCCACGGGUGUCAUGGGAAACAUCCAGGUGGUGGAGGACUGCUACAACAUCCUGAAGGAGUACAGCUUCCGCUUUGUGAGGAGGGGGCCCAUCUUUGUGAAGGGAAAAGGGGAACUACUCACGUAUUUUCUGAAGGGAAGAGACAAACAAGGCUCAUUUAUCAAUGGCUCCUCUGUCACUCUUCCACACCAGGUCGUGGACAGCUAAGGACCACACACACACGCCCAUGACAAGGCACUGGAGAGUUUUUGGAAUGAAGUCAUUUGCCUAAAAUUGCUCUAGCUCCUAAACUUAACUGAAUGUUUACAUGUCAAAUAAAAACACCACUGAAACACUUUCAUACACACCUGUGAUCACACACCACUCACUACCGAACACACACACACGUGCUGUGUACUAUUUGUGUGAUUAUAUGUGCCAGUAGAGAUUGUAUUUAAAUUUGAAUGUCAUAUUCAAUGAAUUAACAGAAAAGAUUAGAACCUGAUUUUUGGAGUUAUUGGAAUGAAAAUUAUGUUUUGAAUUUGACCUAUUAAUUUUGAGGAUGACUAAUUCAAAUAUAUGUAUAUUUAUUUGAAUACAAUGAUGGUCUUUAUAUCUUUCCAUAAACAUGUCUCAGAUAAAACAGAACAUUGAUCACACACACAGCCUUUUUGUGCCAGUUUGAUGCCAUCUCUGCGGCACAUUAGCACUCUGUGGCUUCUGAAUGGCUAGCCUAAAUUUUGGACUGCUACCCAUUGACAGAAUACUGCCAUAUACGUGACCCUGACAAACUGAUCUGGGCUCAGAUUUCCUGUCUUUGAUGAGCGAGAUGAUGUAGAAGUGGAGUAAUAAGAGGCCAGAGGUGAUGAUACGGACUGAUCUGCCAAGGUGUAGUUGUGUAUUUAGUGUAUUUUUCCAGUACUGUCCUCUCUGCUCCUGGAGCGGAUACAUAGACUGCAUCACCUGCCCUGCGGUGUGGAACAGGUGUGUACUAUGUUGGUUUUAGGGAGGGACAAGUGAUGCUGUCCAGAGGGAAGCACACAUGGAAGACAUGAAUACUUUUCACAAUGAUUGUGGAUUGAUGGAAGUGCCUAUGACAGCUGUGACCACCAUGUUUUCUUGUAGUUAAACCAUUACUUGGCCUUCUACAGGCGGGGUCCUGUAGUCCUCUCACAGUGUUCCUGUUUAUUUCAUGUUGUCCUGGUACAAACCAGUUACUGUACACUGGACGGCUAAGAUGUUCAGACACGAUGGCAUUACCAAAAGUGGGUCCAAGUGUUCAAGAAACAGCGUCGUGAUCCUCUGGUCCGACAGGUUGGAAACACUUCAACAGCUGAGACAAAACUGUUAAAUGCUUCAUCAAUUUAAUUUUUUUUAUUUUGACAGCACUUCAUAGGAUUACAGGUGUAUUAAUUAUGAUAUGAAAUGGUAUAGAUGAGCUUAUUAAAGUGUUCCUUUCCAACCUG